CCAAGCUCGAGGCGCGAAUAAACGCCCUCACGGAGCAGCAAAACACAUUCGAGCACGCCGACUUGCUUCAGGAACUUCGUUGCGGGUUCGCCCACUGCGUCCGCCUCUCCCUGAAGCUCGCACAGCUGACCGGGCUGCUGCCGACUCUGGACAGCGUUGCUGAGGAGCUUUUGGAUCAGCAGCAGAGCCACAAUCAACAGCACCUCCCCGAGCUGCUGGACUACACGGAGUCGCUUGUCCCGAGAAUGGAAAAGUUGUGGCGUCUGCGCCACCCGCAUGCAAAAAACAUUUUAGACGUGCUGGUGCGGAAGCUUGACGUGCGCGACGCCAUGGCUCUGGUGGGAUCGACCUGCAGCAACCAAUUCUCUGACGAACACCAGGAGCAGAAUAUUCGAGGCUUGCAGCGGCCCACCCCUGCAAGCCCGCGCGGAGCAGAAGUGUUGCGCUUGGACGGGGCGGCCGCCCACGGGGGUUUUCACGGAGGAGGAGGCGCAAGCCGCUCUCCCGUCUAUCGCGACUACCACCAGGAAGUGCAGCAGUAUUACCAGGGUCAGGAGCCUUUUCACGGGAGCGGGGACCGUCGAAAUGUUGGUCCGAUGGGAGUCCGUGCGGCACCGCCCUCCUCCUCUUCGUGGACGAGACAGCAGGGGGAACGAGGGCCACAUCCUACCAUGCCACACAGACCACAAAGCAGCUGUGGGACGAGACAAAGUGCCCGGCUUCACAAAGUAGCAAAUGAAAACUACCUGUCCUCGUCCUCUUCCCGCAGUCCCCGUCAAACACGAGCGAAGCAGCUGGUGCAGACCAACACCUUUGAAUUACCGGACGAGAUACAAGAAGAUGGACUACACCAGUACUGCCGGACUCAACUACAGCAACAUCAGCAAAACGCGAGCAAAGUGGGAGCUUCGUUAAACAGCGGGCAUGGUGUCACAGGGGAGGUAACCGGUCUGCUAAAGAGGUUCCAGCCAACCAGCGGGACUAUGUCAAAGCAGAUCGGUAUCGUCGACGAGUUGGGCGGAAGUGGUGUUUUUUCAGACACCGUAGGAGGUCUGACAGACUUGCAGCAGCAGCAGCAGCAGCCGCGCAGUAAUCAAAUUGAAACGUACGAAGAAAGGCAGCGACAAAUAAAGAAUUCAACCAGAGAAGAUCUUUUUCAGCAUCAAGAUGUGAUGGAGAACUUGCACGACGGAGGCUUCGGGCGGAAAGAAUCAAUUUGCAAGGUUGUUGAGCAACCGCCGUCCGCCGAGAUUCUGGAGCUGCAGGAAAAGUUUUACCUCCGACCCCUGCAAGCAAGUAAGGAGAAAGUCGUUCUGGCGGGACACGGACAGAUACACCAGCAGAAGAAAACGGGUACUAGUUCCUCAAGAGUAAAGGACAGCGAUGAAAACUGGCGCUCUUCCGACUUCAAGAAUGCGGAGAGAGACACUAGUACCGGUCUUGUCAACCUUGCGCGAGCACCAGGGGAACAGAACUUCGUCCUUGAGGACUCUGGUGCGCUUUGGAAUGACAUCUCAUGCGCGCCAUUUGCGAAGGAACGUGAUCGUGAAGUCCGCAUCUGGGAGAGCAAGCAUUAUCAGCAGCGCGGGGGCGACGAGCGGUAUCGGGAUUGCAGCAGUAAGAGCCAGGGAGAAGAAGUUCUUGAUCGGGGCGUGGAGAUCCAAAAUCUUCGGAUGCAAACGCGAGCGCACACCCGGGAGUUUAUCGCGGUUCCGCCGACUUUGCUCUCCUCCGAAUAGACAAAAUGAAAUGUACGUAGUUUUAGUUACUUAUGCGAGCAAGGAUCGGCCCAUUCGUGAGUGCACAUUUUUUUCGGAUGACAAUUUAUUAUGUAUGAUGUAGGGAAAAAAAAAUAAACAACUUUCGCGUGAUUUAAGUUUAACGAUGGAGCUGGUGUAUGAUUUCUUUUCAGACGAGCACGGCCUCGACUACCAGGAGACUUCCAAAUGCUCGAAACGUAGACUCGGCAUCGCAGGCAGCAUCUCUGCAUUUGUGAUAGCAUUUUACUAAAAAUAUAGGCUACUGAUACACAUGACACACACGCCGAAACCAUUGAUCAUUU